CUCCUCAGGCUGGGAUACUAAAGGCCAUCGUUAUUACACUCUUUAUACAGGAGUGCGCUACACAAUGUAUAUAUAUCUUGUGUUCACCACUAUCCCUGCCUGCUGCGCCGCAGAGCAAGGCUGAAGACGGCUAGCGAUCACGACGCGUCGGUCACCGACACUCCAGCCACUAUCAUCAUGAUCAUACAGUGCUCACCUACUUGAAGACGCUGUUGAACAUAUUUGCAGCACAUCUGAUUCCCUACUAGAGUGACUCGAACUUCAGCAUGCCCUUCCUGGAUGUAUGCCAUUUGCGUUUCGAACCCGCCGUCGCCAUAGAAGAUGAGGCAUCCAUAUUCGGCAAAGAAUGGCGCAUGACGCUCCAGUAUGUCUUGCAUCAAAAUGGAUUAAAAGCUGCGUACAGGACGCAUCUUAGCGACGAACAUGAUCUGUGGUUCUUAUUGUUGUGGGACUCCGAAGACAGCCGGUACAAGUUCUACCACCAGACGCCCGGUCUAGGUUUCAUGAGUCAGCGCAUGGCGAAGGCGCCGAGUGUGCUCUUCUUUUGCAACGAUUCAUAUCUGGAGCUGGAUGAAUCAAGAAACUGGACUAUCGAUGUCCUUAGUGCGGAGACAAAGGAUACGAGCGAGCUAGAGCAUUCAAAAGAUGCGAAGCAAAUGUCCAAAUUGCAAGAGCAGCAGUUUGUUGAGUUGUUGAAUCGACACCGCUUCGUCGCUCGACACGAGCAGGCAGUAGUCGAGAAUCUAUACCAGGGCAAUUGCUUUGGCAACGCGUUCUUCGGUCUCAUCAGGAGUGACCUAUGCGGCGAGAAAGAUAUAAAAGGUGGAUUCAGCUCGGAGCGAUAUUCUCUUGAGCUUCAAAAGCUCGAGCCGGGCCUUCAUCCGACCUGUGCUCACACGGAUGUGCCCACCGAUAUUGCACACCUUACCAGAAAACUGCCAUGGGAGUAUGCGGUGCUAAAGUUUGAUACCUCGGAGUACUCUGACACAGCUUAUCCGAUGAACUUGAGUUUCCGGCCGAUGUCGACACUUGCAAUGGCGGACAAAUUCCUAUCGGAAUCCGAUGGUCUCUCAACUACGUGCGCAGAAGUGGGCAAUGCACACGCCGUUUGUAUCGUUUCCAAGUUGGUAGAUUCUGGCUACCCGACUGGAAUUGAUAAAGAUGCAAAUGAUUCGCGAGCGGAGAUGGGUCUGCAUGAUGGAGUCAAAGGGCUACAAGAGCUCAGUAUCUUACAGAUGACCGGUAAUCAAGCUAAGAACAAGACGGUUCGAUUUCUAUGUUCAUGGGACACAACUGUUGAUUUCGAGCAAUGGCGGCAGAAUAUCGCGGUUCGUGAUCACUGUAGUGUGGACUUGACGUGGACUAGUGGUGAAGUUGGAAUGCCGAAAUUGAAGUUAGAGGACAUGCCUUUGACGCCCGACAACCAGUCAUGGCAGGACGUUGACAAGAUUCUGGAGAUCGUCGAGUUCACUUUUAUGCAAAAUCUGUCCCCAGUGGAGAAGGAAGCAUUUGAACACAGAGUUUACGCUCUUACUAACACAAUGUCGUCUUGUUGGUCUGGGGACAUCGAUGGAAGGCCAGUGGUAUACGCAGAAGACCCAGUCUGGACUCAAUCUGAAGAGGCCCUGCCAUCCUGUCUGUUGCUCCUAUCAUGGGACGGAACAGCGCAGCGCACAGCGUGGCUGAGAAGCUUCAUGGCAAAUGGCUUCAUUUGGACAGGCCACAUCGCUUUCGCGUUGGGUACAUUAUGUAACCGUGUCGAAUCCGGUACCUACAACAUGGACAAGGUGUAUUCAUCUGACACGAAACGCGAUGUGCCAUCGGGUGUGGAAGAUGGAGGCGAUACGGGUUAUGAUAGCGACCGAGACAUGGGCUUCUGAGACGGAUGGCGUGAAAUGAUCAUAGGAUGAUUGUGUAUGAUACAAUUCUCUGUUUCUUGAUUCAUGUCAACAAGGCAAAUAGAUUGCCAGCGGACAUGUAUGCAUUUGAAGAUCAUUGUUGGUGGCACGGUAAGGUCGCUUCGCCGUAUGUCGGACUUCACGCCUCCUUCGUUUCGAAGGACAAAUAAAUGCCCACAGGACGGACUUCGCCAGAUGCACAAACUGAACCUCAGCUAAGCCUGCUUCCGUCUCACCGACCCACCCCAACAGAGACUUGGCAGGUACCGGACAUUACGAGAGUGCGUCAGCAUGUAUGAUUGGAUGUCCGAUCCUUGUCUCUACUAUCGCAUCUCAAGUAUAUCAAGUGCAUCACGCUGCAUC